GAGACAGCUGGAAACGCCCUGAUAUGCAGACAGUCAGCACUAAGGAAUGAGAAGAAACGAACAUAACGGAAAAUGAAACCUCACCCGAACGCGCUUUAAUGGUUGUCCUCCUCAGUCAGCACCUCAGGAGGGGAAAAGGCUACCCGACAGAUUUCUGUUGGGAAUCUAUCAUGUCUCUGGCUGGACUGACAUGGCAAAAGUAUUAGAAUGCAUGUUCUUCUCCCUCAUCCUCAUCUUCUUAAUCUUCGUCUACACUCUGAGCACACCCAGGACAGUGAGGUCCAUCCCACAACCCCGUGCAGCUCCAAACACAUGCCCCUCCAGGAUCUCUAAUGAGACUAUCACCCCCCUCGACAAUACCAAGCACUUACUGGUGUCAGCCUUCAUGGACCAGAGAGUGAAGGGCUUUGACAUUCGCAUCAUUGGAAUAUUCAGGAGAGACUCCAUCCAACCUCUUUACUGUGUUUUCUGCUGUUCAGGCCAUAUAUCAACUACAACUCGAACAACAAUUUUACAACACACGGACAACUUUGGUUUUCCCUUCACCACGACGGAUGUCAUGUGUCCGAUUCCUCAAAACUGCAAGGCUACACAUGUUAGUCUUCAGACUCAGCAAGACAGAGUGAAGGUAUUUAACCAAUCUUGGCUUCCAAUAAGAAACCAGAAGGGAAAGGAGGAGAAGAAGUUUGACUUCACAGUCUGCGUGUCCACUCUGUUUGGAGAUUACAACAAUGUGCUUCAGUUUGCGCAGACCCUGGAGAUGUACAGGUUGCUGGGUGUGGACAGAGUGGUGAUCUAUAACAGUAGCUGUGGCCCAGACCUCGAUCGCCUGCUGCAGGGCUACAGCCAGGAGGGCUUUGUGGAGAUGGUUCCUUGGCCAAUCAACAAGUUUCUGAAUCCAUCUCAUGGCUGGCUCUUCUCAAGGAGUGGGGGGGACAUGCACUACCAUGGCCAGCAGGCCACGCUUAAUGAGUGCAUUUACAGAUCCAUGGAGCGCUCCCAAUACGUCCUGUUGAAUGAUAUUGAUGAGAUUAUAAUGCCAUACCACCACAACAACCUAAAGCUACUCAUGGAAACACUCCAACAUCACCAUCCAAAUGCAGGGGUGUUCCUCAUUGAGAACUUUAUCUUCCCCAAGGAACAUUUUGAGCCAAAUGGGAAAUUUAACUUGUCUCAGUGGAAAGGGGUGCCUGGAGUUAACAUUCUGGAGCACAUCUACCGUGAGGAACUUAAAGCAAAUGAAUACCACCGGUACAAGAUGAUAAUUCAGCCAAGGAUGGUGGAGCAGACUUCAGUGCAUGAGCCACUCAAGAGUUUUGGAGAACAGUACAAAGUUCCAGUAAGCUUUUGUCGGAUGAUUCACAUCCGGGGAGGUACACCGCCAUUGUUGCCGGUGAGGGAGCUCAUUGAAGACAAACGACUGUGGGACUUCACUGAAAAUCUGACUGUAAAUGUGGACAAAGCACUGGAGAGAGCAGGACUGCUGAGCUGAUGAAUGGCAUGGACAGAAACUCAAAUGGACAUCAAAUGGAAAUGAUGAAUGUACACUCUCAUCAGCAACUACAUUUAAUAACAUCAUCUGGGCAGUCAAUAUAACUGUCAUUACAAUUUUUCAUUUGUUGUAGUUUGUUUUCUGAAAUGUUGCCCCAUUUCUCAACUUAUGGCCACUAUACAAUACAAAAGAAAAUAAAAACCAAAGAAUUUGUA